AUGGAAAGUGAUCCCUUCCCCGACCCUGCCCUCCCAGAAGUUAAGGCAUCACCUACCUGACUCCUGACCCCCUCGACCUUUGCUGAUCGCAUGGACCUUAUGGCCCUGCCCUCACUUGCAGCUCACUUACGUCUCUGGGCAUCGACCGAUGGCCUGGAUGACCCACCACCCAGAUUCCAGCUGAGCAUGUCUUUAUUAAAUCACAUCUGCCAUUCGUUUACUUAUUUGCUCACUGGAUAAAUACUCAUCAGACCCCGACUGGGUGCCUGGUGCGGACAGGCUGAGCCACGCCAGCUCUGCCCUCAUGGCGCUUACAUUCUGGAGGGGUUUUCUGCCUAGAACGCCUAACUGGAACCAGAAGGAUGCCCUUCCUCAACCUCUCCCUGGAUCCAACAAAGCUCCUGGUUCGUCCACCUGGCAGGUGUUGAGUACCUGCUCGGCCUGGGGGUGGUGCUGGGAGCCGCGAACAAUGUCGGCCGCUUUCCUAGCUCCCGUUAAGGGGCUCAGGGUCUCCUGACUGUCCCAUGAACCGGCCAGCUCGUUCCCACCCCUCAACUCUUCUUCUCAAAGUCCAAAUUCCAUCCUGUCCUGGCCCCAUGCCCCCUUCUGCACAGCCUUUCCUGCUCAUUCCAGCCCCUCUGUGCACAGUCCUGCCUUGCCGUGGGCGCGUCAUCUGGAGACCAGGUCCUGCAGGAACAUUUCUUGAGCGUUAGGUGGGGCCUUCCUCCUGAACUGGACUCGCGGAGGGGGCGGGGGCCACAGGGCGCCUACGCAUCUGCCUCCCUCCGUAUGCCUGGAGCACACAGUAGGCUUUCAGGAAACGCUCCGAACGGGAGGAAACACACAGAUGUGAAUUUCUCAGCUGGAAGAACCUUAGGAGACAUCGAAUCUGGCAGAUGUAUUGGCGCACCUUUGGAGGAGCCUCACCUGGCAGGUAGGGCAGCACCUGGAGGACACCUGCAGCCCCACCAGUAAUUGUUGGGGUUUGGAGGGGUCAGUAAAUAUAUCCCUCUUUCCUUCUGGAAUUUGGGACCCGCCAAAAGAUAGAGACAGAAGUGGGACAGAUAGAGCACGUGGCUUGGGUGCUGCUGGCCCCGCUCCCCUGCACGGGACCCCGUUCACAGGCCCGGCAGCUACAGGCCCGGAUCCAAUGACCUAAGAUAAUGAGUCCAUUGGGUUUUACUCCUGGCCCUCGUCCUUUGUGUCACCUGGUCAUUGUAUCUCCAUAAGCAAGUGGACAGUUUACCUUUCAGUUUCCAGAAUCUUUGAGCGUGGUAGAGCCCCCGAAGUUCUUUUGUUCAUUUAUUCUGCAAAUAAUUAUGGUGCACUUGUCUGGACGAGAAUCCUUCUUAAGUAUCAGGGAUAUAGUCGUAGAUAAAACAGUCCUGCCCAAAACAUGGUCCUCCCCUCGUCAUGCUUAAAGUCAAGGACAUUUUCAGAAAAUUAGACACCAGAAACUCUUUCUGUGUUUCCAUUGUCAUUGAAAACUUCCUGAAAUGCCCUUUUGCAUUCAGGGAGCCUGGACAACUCCCUUUUUGGAAGUUAGGCUUCUGCAGACCUUUCGGGUCCUAACUCAGAAGCUGAGCAUCUUAGGACAGGUGGUUGUACUUGACCCUACAACUCCCACUGCUCACAUGUAAGAAAAUAAGAAGCCAUUGCGUCAGGGAGUCUCUUCAUUGUUUGCUUAUUUGUCCUCCAACCUAAGCCAGAAUCCUAGUUAACUGGGCCUUGCAGCUCGCUGGGACCUGGCUAGAGGAGGUUUGAUUGUGUGUUUGGGCAGCUGCAGGAGUGUUUGAAAUGACCAGCAGCUCCUCUCCCUUCUCUUCCUGCUGGCCUCUUGGUGUCGGCAUCAGUGAGUUCCCCCAAAGGCCAUGUGUCCCUGUGUGACCAUCUCCCCAAGGUGACUGGGCUUCUGUCUGCGGCCAACCCUGAUGACCAUGGGCCAGAGCCCCACCCUCUUGCUGUCACCAAGCCAGUUCCUCCCUCCUGCUUACUGGGCUGACUUGCUGGUUCUGUUCUCUGGGUUCUUUUCAGAGACUUACUGUUUGCCAGGUGGACAAACCAGUGUUCUGAGUAGUCGUGCACUUAGAGGCACCCUAGCUUCUCCCCCACUCCCAUGUCACUGAAACACUGUAAGGUUCUCGUCACUUACGUGCACUCGUGAAAAUCACGCAGGGGAGCCUGAUCUAAGCACUCCUGCUUUGCAGGGUUGCCUGCAUUAAGCAACCAAGAUAAAUUAGGUACAUUAAUCACCUCAUUUUCCAGAUGGGGUAACUGAGGCACAGGGAGGUUAAGAAACUUGCCCCAGGCCGUAAAGCCAGGAAGCAGAAGAGGUAAGAUUCGACUCGAGUCCAGCUGGAGUCCAGCUGGAGCCCACAGUGGUCACCACCCUCCUGUCCCUGCUGCAGCAUCACUUGUGUCCGUCCUGAACUGUGGCAGAGUCUGAAGUGAGGAAUAACAAAGGGACUCUGUCCCUGAAGGUGCCAGGCCCAGCCCUGGUGGGGAGCUCCUUGUGGCUGCCUCCCUGGGCUGGGCAGGGUCCUUGUAAAGUGUGAGGGUCAUGGGGCAGCUCUGCAAAGUCCAGCCAGAGGCUCAGGUGUGGUGUGCUCCAGGUGUGGUGUCACUGACACAGCCUGUCUUUCCCAGUGCUGUGGGUUUCCUGCUUCUCCUGGCAUUAACGUGUUAAAGAUAACAGAGGUCAUAGGAGGGUUUGGCUACUCUCUCUGUUCACCCUGUGAGCUACGGAGGCCUGAUCACCAGCACUCGGGGUGGCAUCCGAGGCUCAGAGAGUUUCAUGCUUAGAGCUUGAUAGCUAUUUGUUAAAGAAAAAAAACUAGCUUUGUAUUGUUUGUACUUCUUAGUUUCCUACUACCUUCCCAGAGAGUCAUGUAGUUACAGGAGUAUUUGAGUUGCAAAUGAUAGAAACACUACUGGAACUGACUCAUAGAAAGGGAAAUCAGUAGCUCCCCCUAACUGAAUUGAUCAGCGGUAGGUCAGGCUUCAAGCGUAGCUGCAUCCAGGGGCUCAGAUGAUGUCAUCUCCCAGCUUUCCUUUCAUCUGUUUGGGCUUUAUCCUUUCUAGUGGCAAAAAUGACCCCUAACAAGUCUAAGCAACGUUUAUCUUUCUUGGAUUCCAGUGUAGAGAGUCCUUUAUUCCCAGUAUUUCUAGCAAAAUUCCCAGGACUGACUCUCAUUGGCUUAGCUUUAAUUAUGCAACAGCUCUGAGCCAAUCACUUAGUCCAGUAGGCAGGAAUGCACUGAUUGGCAGGCCCAGAUCAUGUGCCCUUCCUUAGAAUAGGUUGGGGUAGGGGUUGUGAGCUUCCAGGGAAACGCACUGGCUGAUGGUGGGGUAUCAGGCAAAGGAAGGUCAGGGAGAGUAUUCAUCCUGAGGAAUGGAAGCUGGGAGGCAGUUGUACAAGCUGUUCUCUGCAGAAUGGGAGCUGACUCCUUCAGCCAGUGUGUUUGUGUGUGCCCCUCGCUCACUAGGUGUUGUGAGAUGCAAAGGAAAGCCUUAGAUGUAGAUGCUACCAGUUAAUUAUUUUGCAGGUUUUCUUGAGCACCUACUGUGGGCCAGGCCCUGUUCUAGACCCCUGUGGUGGAGCUAGGCUUUCUCUUUUGUCCGUUGUUCCUUCUGUGUCCCCUUUUCCUUCCUUCUCUAUCUUCAAGAAGCAGCUGGACUCUUGCCGUCUCUCAUGUUCCUUCAUAGUCUCCUGGGCAUAAGUCGUCACGACCCCUGCUUUUUUUUUUUUUUUUUUUUUUUCCAAAUCACACCUGUCCCAGGCGGGCUUGCAGGAGGACCCCUGGACCGUUGGCUUCCUGAGUGUGGGGCCUGCGCGGGAUUGGUUUGAGCACCCCACACACAGCGUGCCUGCUUCCCUGAGGGCCAGCAUACACGCGUGCUGUGAUGGCCCCCUCGGCAGCCUCCUGCCACGUCCCUGGUAUUGCUGAGUGCGCCGAGGUCAGCGGCAGCAGCGAGGGCUUUGGGCCCUCCAGACAGCAUCUGGCUUCUCUCAGCCUUCCCAUAGGAGUCAGAUUUUCUGGGCUGCAUCGCUUGGCCAUCUCCCUGGAGAGCGCUGACUGCUUCCCUCUGGAGAUGACCUGAAUUCAUGGCAUACCCAGCAGGAAGAUGCUACCUUCUCACAGCAGGGUAGUGAGUGGGCAGCCUGGGAAGCUAAGAAUUUAGCAAAAGGGCAUGGUUGGCCUGCCUCUGCACCUGGUGUUGUUUAGGGCGUAGGUGCGGGCUCCCUGUUUCAUUCCAUAUCAGUCCCAGGAGGAGAGCGAGGCUUCACACUAAGACAAGUCCCCAGACCUGGAGCCCUAAAGGUAGGGACAUUGGAGACUGUGUACCGAGUGCUCGGGGCCAUGGAGCCAGACUGCCUGGGUGCAAAUCGUUCCCAGCUCCUUAACCCCUGUGAGCCUCAGUUUCUCCAUCUGUAAAUUGGGGGCGCUAAUCCUAUCUAGUAGGGUUUUGUGGGGAUUAAAUGCGAUGGCCCGUGCACAGGGCUUUGCAUGGUGCUUGGCGCGUAGUAGGUGCUCAGGAAACAUCAUUUAUCUUAGCCUAAUGCCGAAUGGGCACUGGAGCAAUACAAGGCUCACCGGAGAGAGGCCAGUUUGCACAAGUCCAGGGUCAGUGAUCCGCAGGAGAUAAAGUCUUUGGAGCAAAGGUGAGUCUUGUUGAGGAGACAUUUUUGGAGAUGGCAUCUGCUAGCGCUUUGCUCCCCAACUCAGAGGCAGCUGUCAGAGACUCACAACUUGUGAGAAGCCCACACCGGGGUCUUCAGGGACACUGCUUCCUCUUCCCAAGCCUCGGGUUCCUCAUCUUGGAAUGGGAAUGAGGGAAGCCACCCGGCAGAGCCUGGUAUACAGUGGGUACUUUAUUAAUACGUCAUCUCAAAUACGCUUUAUUAAUACGUCAUCUCAAAUGGGUUGCAAAUAAUAAAAUGAUGUUUGGGGAGCGUGGGGUCUGGCUGGUGUGGGCAGUGCUGGAGGUGCCUUUCCAUGGAGUGGGGGGGGGUGUGUGGGAGGGCGUGUGCCCACCGGGCACUCUUCUGCCUGUUGGGAUAUUGAGUCCUGGCCAUGACUGAACUUUUACUUCGUUCUCCAUGGCACGCGGUACAGAUCCGGACACCGUGCCUAGCAGUGAAGGGAGGUACGUGGUUAGGGAGUGGGGAGCAGGGGCCUUGGGGAAGGCCUAGGGCUUCAUCCCCUCACAGCAUCAGGACUGCCAGGUUCAAUGGCAGUGGCUGAGCCUUCACCCAGCCUGGCCAGCCCCAGAGAGGGCCCCGCCUUCCGCUGCAGGGUUCCCUGGCAGGGGUGUGCCAGUGUUUCAGAGCUUACACCGCGGGCGCUCAAGUCAAAGGAGGGCUGCUUGUGAAGGCACAAAGGCAACCUCGAGAAGCCCAAGGCCAGCCACGUGGGGUCUGGCGCCAAUGCUGGGAGCCUGGAGCAGUGCCCGCUCACUCCGUCCCGCCCCCUAGGAAUUUCCGAGGAUUCUCCCUAACUGCCUGCCUCGCCUUACUGCUCUGCCGGGGCGUCUGCUCUUGCAGGACCUUUCAAUCUCUGAAAUGCCUGGGAGACAGAGAAUCGGAUUGGUCCCUGCCUCAUCAGUAGUCUGCAAGACCCUGGGUCAGGUGACUAAUCAAUCAUCUGCGUGUGUCAGGGCGGGCGGGCUCCCUGUAUGCAGUAUGGAAGGUGGUUAACUUAGGGAAACAGACUGCCCCAUCGAGUCCCCGGCAGGUGUUCCUCCUGAGCUGGCACCCCUGCAGGGACUGGAAACGUACUUCCUCUCUGGCAGCCCUUACGGUCUUUGAUUUGUUUGAAGCAUUCACUCACUGGUACAUUGAGCCCCAAGUUGAUCUCUUUGUAGCAUCCACCCUUGGCCCGUGUCCUACCAUUCGAGGAUCUUACACGCUGAAUCUAUUUCCUCGACACGCCAACCCCGCUGACGUGAGAAGACAGCCGCCGUGGCACGUGAACCAGUACACCUUCCUGCACCAGCUUCCUUUCUCUAAGCAUCUUUUUUCCCAGCCAGGGCAGAGCAGGUUGUGCUGCGGAAGUUGGAGGACAGGAUGUCUUGCCGUGGUGCGCCCAGCUUGACUAGCCUUUGACUCUCAUCUCCCACCCGGAGCCCUUUGUGAGGGCAGAGAGAACUUCUGGAGGCCGAAACUUCCCUUGCACAUCCAAGGGAAGAAUGUUCCCCAGACUGAGCCGUGUGUUCCUGGCUCUCCUGAUGUUUCUUUAAGAGGACUCUGCGGGAGCCUGAAGACGUCAGGCGGGCCCUCCGGGCAGCAGGCAAGGAGAAAGGGAGCUAGGAACUCCAUGGAAUGCUCUUAGGGCAGGUGGGGCCGACACAGUAGCCUAGGCCAGGCCAGGGCUGUGGAAUUGGGCUGCAAUUCUGCACCCACCCCUGCGCUGACAGCUCUUAGGUCAGAAGGAGCCCCAGAGACAUCCAGUGACAAGUUCACAUACUCCUUUUGGGAUCCGUAAACAGCGUACACGGCCAAACGAACAGCAGUCGCCUCUUGGCAAGAGGGUCCUGUCGACAUCUGCCUGUAGCCAAGGGGUUACAAAAAGAGGAGGGUGGACCGAAAAGCAGUGCGUUAAAUGCCAAGCCCUUGAAAAAGGAGAUUGAAUUUCUCUGCCUGGAAAUGUUUAACUUGAGUCAGCCGCCUCCCUUCCAGACCAGGCCAGCCUGGGUUGGAGGUCUGGUUUCCGCCCCGCCACUUCCCCCAAAUUAGCUCUUUGCAGGUGUGCGUGCAGAGCAAACGCUCAUUUGGAAGGAGAUUUAUAGGUUUCUCCAGAGACAGGAGCAGGAACAAUUUCCUGGGCAGCGGGGUUAUCCUGGGUUAAUUUUCAUGAUUAUGGAAAGGAUCUUAGCUGAAGACUCUUGGGCCCUGCCUGCCCAUGGUCUCUGCUGAAAUCCGUGCUGUCUGCUCACCUACAUGAGGGCCAGAGGGCCACUGUCCCCUCGUCCCCUGCCUCCUGGGUUUGGGCUUCACCGUCUGGGGUCUCCUGGCUGAAGAGUAACCGGAGCUUGCAUGGGGAUUCCUGGAAUGUCGGCAGCUAUCAGUAGCUAGCCUGAUAGCUGUGCCGUCUGCCACCAGGGAAGGAGUGACGUCACGGGCCUGGCUGGCGAGCCACCUGCAGUUGCAGAGGGACGGGACAGCAAGUCCACAGCACACGGGACUUUUUCUUGUUACAAGUCGAGUCCCAAUGCUGCCACCUGCUCCUGGUUAGGACACUUGCUCCUGGUUAGGACACCUGCUGCUGGUUAGGACACCUGCUUCUUCAAUCGGCUUAUUUUCUGCUGCUUGGCCCAACCGUGGAAGCAGUUCUGAAGCAUCCACAAAGUGCGGGGCAUGUGUGUGUUUUGUGUACACCCGCACUGGGCCAGCCCUGUACACCCCGCCACACGUAUCUGUUCUCCUUCCCCUCAGACAGCCUCAGUGAUCCACACUGUUUCAGGUGUGUCAGGAAAGAUGUGUGUGAAAGGCCCAGAUAUUCCAGGUUUGAAGUUUGUGGACUGGGGAGAAGAAAGAAGAAAGAUCUAGCAGUUCCACCCACCAGAGUAGGGCAGGAGGAGGCUGGCUUAUGAGAAUAAAAUACAGUUGACCCUUGAACGACAUGGGUUUGAACUGCUCGGAUCCACUUAGACGUGGAUUAUUUCAAUAGUAAAUGUUACACGACUGCACCAUCUGCGGAUAGCCGGAUCCACCAGGAUACGGAGGGCAGACUGUGAAUUACACCCCGGUUUUCGACUGUGUGGACAGUGGGCGCCCCUGUCCCCUGAGUUGUUCACGGGUCAGCUGUCUAUAGAACAACAAAAAGUCUCUGACCUGCCCCAGACCAUUCACAUCCAGUGUCACCGCUCUCAUUCUGUUCGUUCCUUUAUUCAAGCUGGACGCUUUGAUUCCGCCAUGGCUGAGCCUAGAACCUGCUAUUCUUUAGUUGGAGUCAUUUUCUCUUGGGGUGCGGGGGAGGGGCGUGGAAGAAGACGGCGUCCAAGAAAAGCAGGUUUGGUCUUGAAAGCACCUCUGGGCAGGGGAGCAUGGUCCUAGGAGAGCCUCAGCCUGCUCUAAGGGUUCCCCUGCCCCAAGCUCAUGCCCUGGGCUCACCUCAGCUCUGUGGGCGCUUCUUGGGCUUAGCUCGUGGGUCAGGGCUCUUCUAGGUGCCGUGGCACAUGAUACGCGGCUCCUGCCAGGAGCUGCUCCAGAAAGACCUAGAAGGAUGCCGUUCUGUACAAGAGAUUUCCUUGUCUGGGCUGACAGGGUCAUUUGUAUUCUCCGAGGAUGACAGCCUAGGCUCUGGUCACCAUCAGUGGAAAUUCUGCCUCGCCUCUCUGUCCUCCUACUUAUUUUUAAGACCAAGGGGCUGGGACACGGCUGUGUGUUCUGUCGAACUGGGGGUGAGCCGUGAACGCGUGCGCCAGUGUCGGUGGCGGGGGCAGUGUGGUGGUGGCGAGCCAUGGGGUUUUUCCAACUUACAUUUUUCGAAUAGUUUUCUCCUCUGCACUCCCAAGAGGCUGUACGCGGAGUGCAGUAAGCGUUUGACCUUUGUGAAAUGGUGGAGAGGGCCAGACAGACGGGGGAAACGUUUGGUGGCGAGCUGGCGGCAGCUCAAAGCAGGAAUUCAAGCUGCAUCUCUGCCUUUCUCAGCCCGUAAACAGGCGAAAGUGAGGGGGGCGGGUGGCAAAAGAGAGGGGGCUUCGUGCUUCCAGACUAGGAUCUCGUGGGCCACUUCCUCAGCAACAAGCCCCCAGCUGCUGGGAGCCCCACUCGGGAGACCUCUCAGCAAGGAAUGUUCUACCUGGAAGUUCAGGUCAGGUUUCCAGGAGAAGCCCCUGGGGAUCCAGGGACAAGGCUGCUGGGCAGGGGCUGGUCUCAGAACCAGAAGGCAGUGGCUCCUGGGAGGGGGAGGGGAAAGAACCAGCUGGCACAUAGCGCUUGGCCUGUGCCAAGCACGGUUCUUUUAUGGGUUCGGUCCAUGCGUGUGUCUAUGUGGACUCUAUGCGUGUAGUCACUCAUUUCAUCCUCACGACAACCCUGUAAGAUGGGUACUGUUAUUGCCCCAUGUUACAGGUAAGGGAACUGUGGCAGAGAGAGGUUAGUAAGGGACUGGGACUCAAACCCAGACCAACUCGCCCCCAAGGUGUUUCCGGCCACUUAGACCACGCUGCCUCUCAGCCCAGGUGUUCAACGAGCAUCUGUCAAAAUCGGAAGUCAGAUACGCGGCUUAUGCGUUCAGGUUGCGUCUUCCCACGCAGGGAGAAGUUCUGUCUACAGAUGUAGUAACUCAAGGACUUGAGUUUGCCCUCUUCAUCCCACUGCUCUCCCUUCCCCCCCAAAAAAAACCCAUUUUCUGUGUCUUGAUUAUAUAUUUGGUUCAUAGACAACACUGCUGAAACUCCCCAGGUGAAAUAAGGUCACUUUUCUAAUUGAUUUUGUUCAUUUUAAAUCCUGAAAGUUGUACUCUGAUGGGAGGAGGGACACAGUCGUGGGGCCCCCAUUGGUCCUACUUUGAAGUCUCAGAACCGGUGACUGCAAAGGCCUCUGGAGACUAGAUGGACCACUGCAGAAGCAGGGGUGCCCCGGGCCCUUUGAACAGACUGAGGACCUAGGAGGACGGGAAUGGACCAAACAGUCCAGAGAGGCAGGGGUGUACCCAGGAGUCUGCACAGGUGGGGUGGGAGGGACUCAGGGGGGACCAAGGUAGGAGAAGUGGGCCCAGGCCUCGCACACCUUAGAAUCCCUGCGUGAGUUGGCUGAGGGCCAUGCCUUGGGCCUUAGUUGGCUGCCCCUUAAUGAGGACAAUAAAACCCACCAUCGUAAUCUUGCCAGGGGUUUGGGUGAUAAACAUAAGAGGAAGAGGUGAGAGCACUUUGAAGAAAAAGUUAAAAGCACUGUAUUCAGCUUAACAAUAUCAGCCGGAAUGCAGGCAGCCUUCUGCGUGUGAAAAGGCCGACUAGUUCCACGCCGGGCAGAAGGCGUCCCGCCGGCCUCGCUCGCUGGUGUGCCUCGUGUGCUUCCACUUGAGCUCUGUCUGUUAGGAUUUGGGGUUGGGGAGCCCUGGGGCACAGGAAAGAAGAGCAUCCUGACAAGAGGUGUCGCAGGGGGAGCCAGGCAGCCCUGGUGACUGUGGCCCUUGGGCAGGCCUUGAGUCUCUGCACUUCAGUCUCAUCUCUAACACGGGCAUCGUGCCACCCUCCAAGGUUGCUGGGAUGCGUGCCCAGCACGUAGAGCUUCCCCGGUUCCUGGGAUGCCGAGCACGGCUCCUGGCCUUCCAGCUCUAGGUUGUUGAAGUACAGGCACGCCGGAGACCCAGUAGGGUUUCCUGUGACCCAGCCCACGUGGCCCGGCACUGCUGUUUCUCAGCCCAAGGUAAUUUUUCAAUUAACUCCAUUGGCUGGAAACCGGGGCGCCCUUGGAGUGUGGGAAAGCGUUCCAGGCCGGAAGGGGCCUCUCCUCUGCCCCCGCUGGCUUGGGGCUUGGCUCCAGAGGGAGGAUCCAAUUUCACAUCAGGACACCAGGACGUGAUCCCAGUGCCCCUCUGAAAAAUCCCACAUGGCGCCUGCUGGAAGCCCCUGUGGGCUCUGCGCUAGCGGCUGGCCUGUCCUCCUCCCCUGCGCCCUGCAGGCUCCCCGACCCGGGUUCCGGCGGUGAGAGCCUCCAACGGUUUCAUUGCUGACUUUAUCGCUAAACAAUUUAGAAAGGCGGCCCUGCCAGCUUUCAUAAGUGAAGCAUUUGAAGUAUGCAAAGCAUAUUUUAUUCUUUCCUGGAGCAGCUGCUCGGUGGGGCUGGAGAAUAGUCAGGAGCGAGUUACAUGGAUCCGUGGGCCGCCCUGCAGCUUGCAGGCUCCGCGGCCUUGGGCGCCUCCCACUGCAGGAGCCCAAGACGUCCUCUUCCCUCUCCGCCCCCUCCGUGGGGUCAGGCAUCCUCUCGAUGGCAUCGGAACUGGCUGCCAGCAUCGGCUGAGGGCUCGCUCUGUGCCAGGCCCCUUCUUGUCACAGCAGCCCUGAGAGAUGGAUACUAUCGUUACCUUCAUGCCUCACAUGAGGACACAGAAGUGAUCUGCUGGGGCCCAACAGCUACUAUAAAGGACAGAGGCAGGAUUUGGUGCCGGAAUCACUGCUCUUAGCCGUCACUGUGGUGGUUUUGUAGGUGAGGAAGUUGAGGGAUGUGGAGGUCGAGACGUAGCAGGAGACGCCCAUUCUUAGUUCGCCUUCUGAAGCCACGUUUGAGACAGUGAGUCCUCCAGGUUUGCUGUUUGUCCAGGUUGCCACCUGGACUUGGUUUAAAUUCUUCUGAAAGCCCGGAUCUGUUCGAGAUACAGAUCUGAAGAUGCGGGAAUUUCAGGCUCGCCGCCCUCGUGUGCUGGCGAUGCUAGGAGAGCCCCGGCUGGGCCCUGGUCGCCCACUUCCCUUCUCUGUGUAAUUGUUUACAUCUGCGGGGGCCUUCGGCAUGUUGAACAUGUUUCGAAGCAUUUAACCCCUGAGUUGACUGAUGCCCAAGAAAGGCUGAGCAGAAUGUUCCAGCCAAAGCACGUUUCCAGUUUGCUUCCAGGUUAUAGUGGCCAGUGGCCUAGCAGUCAGGGCUGUAGAUUCCAGACACCUUCCUUUGGGCCUCAGUUUGGCCGUCUAUACAAUGGGGAUAUAAAUGUCUGUCUUCCCCCCAGGCUUCUUAGGAAGGUAGCUCUCCUGCUGGGAGCCAGGCCUUGGAGAACCCGAUCUCUGACAAGUGGGACAGGCAGCUUCAGUCUGCGCUGUGCAUUCUGGUAAUGGGUGGAGAAGGAAAUUGAGAUGCAGGUGUUUUGCUGCUGACUCAGACUCGGGUGGGAAAGAAAGCAAGGUCCAGGCUGUCCCCCUGCGGUCGCAAGGCCUCGGUCAAGUUGCUUCCUCCUGGUUUGCAGUGAGCUUUGUGCUCGCCGCAUGGAUGGGCUGCCGUGUCACAAGUUGGUGGGUGUAACCAGUGCUGCGCCUUCUUUCUUUUUCCUCUUUGUGUUUUGGUAAUUUUUUUCCCCCGGAGGGUGGAGAAGAGGGAGGAGGGGUGGGAGGAGAGAGUCCUGCGUGGUGAGGGCGGAGAGGGAAACAGGCAGUGCUGCCAGUGGUCACUGUCCCUCUCCUGGAUUUGUUCCUUCAGGAGCCAAGCCUUGGGGACGGGAGAAGCUUGUGGUGAGCGCCAAGGCUGGGGGACCCGGUUGUUUUCACCAGAGUUCGAAAAAAGGCCCAGUUCCAGCCCUGGCCCACUCUUUGUCCUGGAGUUUAGUUUGAGAAAUACGCACAGCAUGGCAUUUAGGGCUGGGCGCCUAGUCCAGUUAGGAACGUGAGCUUUGCAAUCAGACAGACUUCUGAGUUGGGAUCUGCUGUGCCACCAGGACCUGCUCUGUAACCUUGAACAAGCCUGUCCACCUGUCCUGGUCUCCGUCUCUCCACCUCCGUGUGCAUGUGCAAAAUGGAGAGAAUGCUAGCACUGCUCCCAGCGAGAGAAUUCAGUGGUCCGAGGCUUAGGGCCAGGCACAUAAGUCAGCACCCAGACGGGACCCAGAGCCCUCAGGCCGAGGAAGGCUGCGGGGUCAGUGCUCGCAGACCUCUUCGGGUGGGAGAAGAGGAGAAAGGCUUAUUCGGGUAGGAAAAGUCUGGAAAUGGCCUUGAGGCAGAGCUUGAAAAUUUGUGCCUUCCAGGGUUUCAACCCAGAGGGACUGGUCACUGCAGUCAAAGAAAAGCUAGAAUUAAAGCACACGUGGGAGUAGGUGCUCGCUGGUUCUGUGGAGGUGAAUUCCAUUGUCCGUUUUGCUUGUGCGGUUUCUGCAGGACAGUGACACAGCUUAGGGUGCUUAGCACAUAGCAGGUGGCCUUUAAGUUUCUGGGGAUGCUGGGCACCCAGAAAAGGGUCCCUGACAGAAACCGUUUAUCAGGAUUCUUUUACAGUUGCAAGGGAUAGAAAAUGCAACUCAAACUGGCUUAAGAAUGUGUUGGUUCACACAACUGAAAAAUUCAGGAGUAGAUCCUGGCUUCAGGUGUGGUGUGAUCCAGGACAACAAGGAUAUUAUCUGAAUCCAGUCUUUGUCUUGUUGGCGCUCCCUUCUUGGUGGCAGGGUGGCCGCUACCGCCUCCUGGCUCCAACCUCGCAUCCAUCAUUAAAGAGGGCGGCUCCUGGUCCAGACUCUGACCCUGAUUGGACUGAUUUGUGUCAUGUGCUUCCCCUCCUAAACCAAUCACAGUGGCCAGGACAACUCAGCUCUCUGAUGGGCCAGCCUGGGUCUUAUCUCCACCUUUGAACCAUGGGCUCUGGGGGUGGGUGGCUCCCCAGAGGGAAAUGGAGGUCCUCGUCUGAAAGACUGGAGGCAUAGAUGUCGGCUGAACCAAAAAGUCCGGGGGAGAUAAUGAAGAACUUUGAAAAGGUGGGAUGAGCCAGCAUCCCAGGGGAAGCAGUGGCUUUAAGGCUCAACUUGAUAAGAGUGUUAAGAUUCCUCUUUGCACCAAGAGGGUAUCCCAGGACAGCUGCUGUCAGCCCACCCGACUCGAAUGGGCCCCAGCUCGCUGCUUCUAAGUCCCAAGGGAAACUGUGUUCAAUGAGGGCCAGGGGAGGCAGCUGGCCCGGCCCUAAGGAGAGGCCAGCCCUUUCCUCUCCCAUCACUCCUGCCCAGCAAGCAGAUAGGAGCGGGCUCCUCAAGGCCCCCAAGGAGGCCUGGGCACCUGGCUUUGGGACCAAGCAGUCACAGCCUGUCUGGGACUCAGCCGCCCUUUCCACCCCCAGACAGAUGCUGUAUUUGGGGGUGCACAUUCCUUCUGGAGCUAGAAUCACCCGCUGAGUGACUGUUGCAGACCCCCGAGGACCGUGGGGCUCCUACUGGCUGUCAGUGCAUGGUGACAUCAAGCCACACGCCCAGAAAGCCUGCCAGAGGCUGUCCUUUCCGGGCUUGGGGAGCAGUGGACACAGGAAGCGAGGACCUCCAGUGACAAAAGGGCACAUUCUAGGAAUCAGGCCAGGCCGCCUGCAGGGACCACGUUCCAUAGCGCAGAUCCUCAGGUUUGGCUCUGCCUGAGAACUAGGGAGCUGCGUGCUGGAGGUUGGCGAUGCCUUCACUUCCCCAGGCAUCUCUGCUUUUGAACCUGAGACUGGCACCCUUCCAGGGCUGGUGCCUGGCACACGAUUAUUCCUGAGUCAGUGCUUGGCGAGGGAUGGUCAAAGGACGCAGACCCCUUCCCGGAGAGGAUUGGAUUCCCGGGAUGUGGAGCUGGGUGGGCAGAGCUUCCCGUGGGAAAGGCGGGCCCCCCCAAGAUUGUGGAAAAGGAUUAGCUUGGCAAUCGGGCCCAAGACGAGUCUGGCUGAAAGGUAUGUUUAUGGGACAGCUCUGCAGGAAAGACGGGUUAAACAGCACCUAAAAGAGAAAACAAUUACUGUGAAAUACGAGAAAAAGACAAAGCCUGCAUCACCUGGUGCCUGCCAGGCCCUCCCCUACCCACCUGUAGUAAGAAUUACCAGGCGGCUCUCCCAGGCCCUGGAGCAGCCUUGGAAUUAAUACUGCUGAGGAGUGCCUGGGCGUUGUUUGAGAAUCUACUUGUAUUUGGUGAGUGCUGUAUUGUGUCCCGUCACCCCCAAAGCUUUCAGUGUCAGGACCACAUGACAAAGGCCCAGAGAACACGGAAAUCUCUAGCAAACCAUAGACCUAGCUCUUGUCUGCCUGCCCCUGGCCCUGUUCCUGGCCUGGUGGGUGUGUCUCCACAUACAGGGGGGAUGGAGGGAGGGAUGGGAGAGUCUACAUCCCUGGGAGAGCAGAGGUAGACCAAGAGGGCUAUUUUCAGCUCCCCACGCACAGACCAGGCUGGAGGGGAGCCUGGGCUGGGUGUGAGGGGACCAGACAAGCAGAAGGAAGUGAUGUCAAGUCUUCCCUCCCCCAUCUCAGAGGCCCGGCCCUGAGGCUGCUCUUCCCAGGCUACGGUUCCCAGAUUUCUCUCUCCACAGACAAACCGUUACAUUCAAUCAAGUCCCACCUGGCUGGAUGUCCCUGUGGAAUCCCAGUCAUUUACAAAGCCUCGAGGAACCUUCGGGGCUGAGUCUAGAACCGAGGGCUGCAUUGCUGCCUCUGCUGCCGCUGCCCUGGGCUGUUUGAAUCCAGCACUCCUGUCCCUCCUUGGCUGUUGGGUCAACUUAGCCAAGAGGUUCUGCGAUCUCAGGCCUUCCAGGCUGGGGGAAGGAUGCAAACAGUGGUAUCUGUCCCAGGAGGGUUUGAGGGCCCCCUUGUAACUGCGGGCCCUGAGAGGACACAUAGGCUUUGCCUGCCUUGUGGGGCAGCUGUACCGCAGGAGAAGAGGUCGAAUAGAACUCAGUAGUGACCAGAAAAGACUCUGCAGCCAGACCACCCGGGUUUAACCACAUGUUUUCUCCAUGCCUCAGUUUCUUCUGUAAAGUGGGUGCAUCACCUUGGGUUAUUGGGAGGAUUGAGAAUUGAUGGUGUGAGGAUUUAGAACUGUUCUGGCAUGCACGAGUGACUCAGAAAGUGUUACUGUUAUCACCGUGAUGAUGAUGAAGAAUGAAUUCAAGAACAGAGGGAAUGCAACAUAGGAAUGCGGCUGCCUCUCUCUCCAUGUGCUCCCCCCGCAGAAAGGCAGAACAGAGGAGGUGCCCUUAGGCCGCUGGUGAAGACCCUCACCCCCUCAGCCUGGGACGUGGGCUCUGCCAGCGACCCCCUCUCUGACUCUGCCUUUUCAGGACUCCCUUCCGCCAUCAGAACAAGCAUCAUCCUAAUGUUCUGAGACUACCACCUGGACCCGAUUUGGCAGUGAGGACAGUAACGGCAGUCCCGGCAGCAGUGGUGGCUUUUGAGCGCUCACGGCCUGCCGGCCGCUGCUGGACCAGCCCAUGGCGGGGGGCUGCACGACCCACAGGCUGACCUGGGCUCCGCCCCACACACCCCCAGCACCUCCGAGCUCAAGCGGGGUCACUACAGCCCUGCGUGGGUGUCAUGAGGAUCCGGUGAGAUGAAGCCUGUAGGCCAGUGGGUGGCAUCCCGCACAAAGUCGGGGCUCAGAACAUGGCAGUGCCGUCAGCCAUCGUCUCUGCCAGAAAGGGUGUUUGGACCAGAAGCGAACCAUGACAUCAUUAAGCAGAGCGUCGUGUCACCUGGAAGUGACCUCCAUCCGGCCAGGGCCAGCGGGGCAUGGUCCAAUUUGUCUGCUGCAGGGCAGGUAUAGCUCAAGUGAACGGAGGUUGUCCACAGAGCCCGGGGUUGGACUCAGGCUCCCCUUUUCCUGAGGCCUGCUGGAGGGCAGGGGGCCGGUGAGCUCGGUACCUGGAUUUGGGGGGAAUAUCUAUAAAAGUGAGUGAAUGGGAAGCCUGAACUAUGUUACUGCUAUAUAUGUAUAUAUGUGUAUGUUUUUAGGUAUGAUUUCCUACAGCAAAGUGCACAGGUUUUAAGGGUACCAUCUGAGUUCAGAGAGUUUUGACAGAUGUGUGUUUCGCUGUUUAUUACCCACGACAGGCAGCCAGGGACUGUCACUCCAGCCUGCCCUCCCUUCGGAGCCCCCUGUGCCCUUGGUCCUGCCUUUGCCCUGCAGACUGGGUGACUGUGCCUUCUCUGUCAUUUAAUCCACCCCUUCCGGGUUGGGAGGCCCACAAGUCUGGGCUCCCAGGUUCUUGGGGCCAAGGCCUCUCCUCGGAACAUCGGGGAGGUUUGCCCUUUUCUAUAAUAAUGAUCUUGACGAGCUCCAUAUGACCCCCAUUUAGAAGCUUCUGGAAUGUUUCCACUUAGAUGAUUACUUUGUUAAAUGUUUACUACAGGCUUGGGAGACUGGUCUUGGCUCCAAUUUCAGAUAAACUCAGAGGUCACUUGUCCUAAGGUCAAAUAGCUGGGAAGCGGGGGAGCCGGGACUGAGCCCCGGUGGCGGACCCAGACCAGCCUGGCCCACCUCCGCCCCACCCCGCACUCAGCGCCGUCCUUGUGUGGUGCCUGCCAGGAGCCCAGCACUGGGCUGGCGCUGGGCGUCAGGUGUGAGCAGAGCAGAGCCCCUGCUGGCUCCAUGGCCACAUCCUUCUCCAGGAGCUGCGUGGGAAUGGUGCCCCGGGGAAGGGCCAUGCACGGAGUGGCCGGCUCCCUGUGACCCACCUCCAUGUGGGAAACAAAAGCAAGCCCAUACCUGCUGGGGGGCACGCCUGCCUCCCCUGCCAUCCGUCAGGGCAAGCCUGCGGCGGCCCGUGGAGUUUGUGGCCCUGUCCCCCUGCAAGACAGUACAGUGAGGGACUUCCCUGGGGGUCCGGUGGCUCAGGGUCCGCACUCCCAAUGCAGGGGCCCCAGGUCAGGGAACUAGAUCCCACAUGCAGCAACUAAGA